AUGAUUAAGAAUAAUGUUACAGACCAUAAACUAAAUGUGGAAGCCAUAAUUAAAAACAUUAACACAAUUUCUUUGGAGCUAAAAAAAAUGAAUGAACUCUCCCAGUUACUGCUUUGUGACCUUACCCUACAUUUCAGUCAUCCCAUGAAGACAGAUGACUUAAAAGAAACAGAGAGAAAUAGCCCCCACUUUGAAGAGUCUAAAAUGCCAGAUGUAUCCCUUGCUUCUGAUAGCUUUUUAAUCUGA